GGAGCAGGAGCCGCGCACACCCCACCUACCCACCUCUAGCAGCGCAAAGCCAGGGCUCCUCAAGCCGCCCCACUCCACGGAGCAGAAGAAACCACCAAUUACCAAGCAGGAGAAACCGCCAAUUACAAGGAGCCUCUGUCAGGUAGGAGAAAGGAUGCGGACGUCUCCAGCCCUUACCUGCCUGGCCCUGGUCCUGGCCCUGGCCUUGGGUGAAGGGUAUGGGCUGCUCACUGAGCCCCAGCUGGCCCAACUGACCACAGACUUCGGCGUGAAGGUGUUCCAGCAAGUGGCUCAGGCAGCCAAGGACCGCAACGUGGUUUUCUCACCCUACGGGGUGGCCUCUGUGCUGGCCAUGUUGCAGCUGACCGCAGGAGGGGAAACCCGAGAGCAGAUCCAAGCUGCGAUGGGGUUCAAAAUUGAAGAGAAGGGCGUGGCCCCCGGCCUCCGAGGGCUGCACGGGGAGCUCUUGGGGCCCUGGAACAAAGAUGAGAUCAGUAUCAUGGAUGCCAUCUUUGUCCAGCGGGACAUGAGGCUGGUCGAGGGCUUCAUGCCCCACUUCUUCAGGCUGUUCCGGACCACCGUGAAGCAAGUGGACUUCUCAGAGGCAGAGAAAGCCAGAUUCAUCAUCAACGAUUGGGUGAAGAGGCACACGAAAGGUAUGAUCAAUGACUUGCUGGGCAGAGGGGCCGUGGACUCGCUGACGCGUCUGGUGCUGGCAAACGCACUUUACUUCAAUGGCCGGUGGAAAACGCCCUUUCCUGAGUCAAACACCCACUACCGUGUCUUCCACAAGUCUGACGGCAGCACCAUUCCUGUACCCAUGAUGGCUCAGAUGAACAAGUUCAACUACACUGAAUUCACCACCCCAGAUGGCCAUAUCUAUGACAUCCUGGAACUGCCCUACCACGGGGAAACGCUCAGCAUGCUCAUCGCAGCUCCCUUCAGAAAAGAAGUGCCUCUCUCCACCAUCAUCAGCAUCCUAGACGCCCAGCUUAUCAGCCAGUGGAAAGCCAAGAUGCUCAGACUGCCCCGCCUCCUGGUCCUACCCAAGUUCUCCCUGGAGACUGAAAUCAACCUGAGGACACCCCUGGAAAAUCUGGGAAUGACAGACAUGUUCAAUCCAGCUGAGGCAGACUUCACAAGCCUCUCAGAUCAAGAACCGCUCUAUGUGUCACAGGCCCUGCAGAAAGUGAAGAUGGAGGUAGACGAGAGCGGGACGGUGGCCUCCUCCUCCACGGUCGCCGUGCUGUCGGCCCGCAUGGCCCCUGAGGAGGUGAUCAUGGAUCGACCGUUCCUAACUGUGGUUCGGCACAACCCCACAGAGAUGAAAAGCAAACACGAUCUGCGUUCCUUGAAGGCUCUUGCACAAAAGAAUCAUUGAUCUGCCCCAGGGCAGGCU